AUGGAGGAAGUGGAACUCUGUUUCCCAGAACUCCUCAACUCCUCCUGCAGGAGGACAAAGCCUUCUCCCUCUGCUGCUGUGCUCAUCCCCUUCAUGCUGAGCUUCGUCUCUCUGACCACCGUAACUUUUAAUGUGAACCUGAAAACUGUCAAAGACUCUGAUGUUGAGGUCACAAAGUUCUACCUCCUGUUCUGCAGGCGGCUCCACACUCCGACUAACCUCCUCAUCCUCUCUCUGGCGGUCUCUGAUUUCUGCGUGGGCUUCCUGAUUCUCUUCCAGAUUUUUUUUCUGGACGGCUGCUGGUAUCUGGGGGACCUGUUGUGUGUCUUUUACUAUGUUUUAGAUGUCGUCGUUACGUCUUCCUCCGUGGGAAACAUGGUUCUCAUAUCAGUUGACCGAUACGUAGCGAUUUGUUACCCUUUGCAUUAUCCCACCAAAGUCACUCUGAGCAGAGCUCGGCUCGCUGUGUCCCUCUGCUGGAUCUGCUCUCUGCUCUAUGACUUUGUGCUGAUGAGGGAAAACCUUAAACAUCCAGGAAAGGCUAACCUCUGCCUCGGAGAGUGUGUGAUUAGCUUUAGCAGUGCAGAAAAUGUCUCAGACCUUUUUAUCACGGUGGUCAUCCCCAUCACGGCCAUCACUGUCCUGUGUGUGAGGGUGUUUGUGGCGGCCGUGUCUCAGAUUCGGGCCAUCCGGCCUGGAGCUGCAGCUCAGCCUCAGAGGGGUGGUGUGACGGUGAGGAAGUCUGAGCUGAGAGCAGCCCGGACCCUCGGGGUGGUGGUUCUGGUUUUUCUUGUGUGUCUCCUUCCGUAUUACUGUGUCGUUCUGGAAGGCCCCGCCGACUUUGUCAAUGCUUCAUAUGUAGCUUUUGUCACAUCUGUGUUCUACCUGAACUCCUGCAUAAAUCCGCUGAUCUACGCCCUUUUCUACCCCUGGUUCAGAAAGUCUGUAAAAAUCAUUGUGACUUUUAAAGUUAUGAAACCUGGCUCUCGAGACAUAAAAAUGAUGUGAUGU